UCGGUCUCGCCUCUUGCAGCGGGCUGCGUCUUCAAACCAACAACCAUGAAAUAUUGCAUCCUGGGAGUGUGUCUGUUGACUUCUCUGAUAAUCAAUGUUUCAACAGUAUCCAUUGUCAAACGACAGUCAGAGGGUGCUCCACUGAGAAUUAGUCAGAAUGAUGCAGAUUUAUGCAAAGGCAGACUUCCAGGGGAAUAUUUCCGUCUUUCUCCAGAAGAGGAAUGUCGCGAUGUUGUCAGAUGUUCCACACAAGGUUUACUAGCCUUAAGGUGUCCUUCGGGGCUCGUCUUUGACAUCGAAAGUCAAACGUGCAACUGGAGAGAUGAGGUAAAUAACUGCGAACAAGUUGAGAAAAAGAGACUUGCUACACCCCUUUAUUCUACGAAUGAACCAAUCUGCAGCGGUGAUAAACUGGCAUGUGGAAAUGGCGACUGUAUGGAAAGAGAACUUUUUUGCAAUGGUAUUCCCGACUGUUCGGAUGAAUCUGAUGAGAACGCUUGCACGGAACAUGAUCCCAAUAGAGCACCACUGUGUGAUCAAAGCCAGUGUAUACUUCCCGACUGUUUUUGUUCUCCUGAUGGAACCCAGAUCCCUGGAAAACUGGAACCAAAUAAUAUCCCUCAAAUGGUAACCAUCACGUUCGACGAUGCUGUUAAUGUCAACAACCUGGCUGUAUACCACGAUAUUUUCAAAGAGGGCCGGAACAAUCCCAAUGGAUGUUCUGUUAAAGCCACGUUUUUUAUCUCUCACAAGUACACCAACUAUUCUGCUGUACAAGAGCUGCAUAGGAAAGGUCACGAAAUAGCAAGUCAUUCCAUCACACACCGCAAUAACGAGAAGUAUUGGACGAACGCUGAUAUCGACACUUGGGCAAAGGAAAUGGCUGGUUCCCGUCUCAUUAUUGAACGUUUUGCGAAUAUCACAGACAAUUCCGUUGUCGGUGUCCGUGCUCCUUAUCUACGUGUUGGUGGUAAUAAUCAAUUUUCCAUGAUGGAAGAACAGGCUUUUCUGUACGACUCAUCUGUCAGCGCCCCCCUCAGUAACCCUCCUCUCUGGCCUUAUACUCUUUACUUCAGUAUGCCUCAUAAAUGCCAUGGUAAUGGACAGCACUGUCCUACUCGUUCUCACGCUGUUUGGGAGAUGGUUAUGAACGAGUUGGACCGACGUGAUGACCCUGACUUUGAUGAAGAACUAGCUGGCUGCGCCAUGGUGGACACUUGUAGCAACAUUAUCACACGUGAUCAGUUUUACAAUUUCCUUAACAACAACUUGAAACGUCACUAUAAUACAAACCGAGCCCCUCUGGGCCUUUAUUUCCAUGCAGGAUUCUUAAAGCUCAACUCCAAGUUCCUGGAGGCUCUGAUCACCUGGAUAGACGAGUCCUUGGAGAAGAACGACAUUUACUUUGUCACCAUGACGCAGGUUCUCCAAUGGAUGCAAAAACCAACAGAACUCAGCUCCGUCCGGGACUUCGCUCCGUGGAAGGAGAAAUGCGACAUUAAAGGUCAAGCGUACUGCAGUAUCCCCAACGCCUGUCCUUUGACCACAAGAGAGUUACCUGGAGAAACUAACAGAUUACACACAUGUAUGGAGUGUCCCCAAAAUUACCCUUGGUUGGAAGAUCCCACUGGUGAUUUCUUUGCCUUUAAGAAGUAAAUGUGCCCCUCUCCCAUAACUUAAAUGUAAGAAAUGAACGCUCAUCCUGAGGUUCUGCUACAUUCAAAAUUUGUUUGUCAGGUUUGAAAGAUGAAAUGUUGCAAUAUCUCAAAUUGGGUCAACAACCCCUUUUUCCUAGCCACUUCAACUUUUGUUUUUGGAAGUCAGCGUAACUCCAUCUAACAGUGUUAUUUCAGGAUCUCGCUUAUCUAUCUGAUUGCCACAAGGAGAGGGAGGACCCAGUUAUGAUGUAUAAAUCUAUAAGAAACGAUUCUGUUUCGAAGCAGAGACACCUUUCCAAUGUGCAGAUCAUAGUUAAAGACGCUUAAAAUUUUCCUUCUAUACAGUUCUGUAAAUAGCUCCCAUAUUCUGAAAAAUGUUUAAGGUGUAAUCAUUCCAUACAGUGAUAAUGACCGAUAUGGCGUUACUCAGUGACUAAUUUUUAAUGUUUGAAGAUUAAAUACGGUUUGUUAAGCUGUCUAAUUCUACAUGUUUUAUAUGGGUAGAAGUAUCCAUAUAGACCAUUACAUUGGUUACUGAUAUCUGUAUAUUAACACGGUUCCCCAAAAUUAAACAAAUGUACGACUGUGAUCCGAAUAAAAUAUUCAUUGUAUAUGCUU